UUUGGAGCUUCGAGAUUCAGCUCAGCAUCUUUGGCCUCACGACCGUAGACGGCGUACCAAUUUGGUUUGAAAAUGAGGAAACUGGCGAGGCAAUUUCGAAGUCCUGAAGACGAGAAGUUCUCUCUCCCAGCCGUCGACGACGAUCGUCCCAUGGAUAUCAACGAACAAGAGGAGUUGGUUCGUUCUCUUGAAAAGAUGCAUGCUCAACAAAGUCUUCAAUGGAGGAGCGUGUUUGCAGCACUUCUCUUUUGUUACUCGGCGUUUCUUCUAUACUCCAUCUAUCAUCAGACCUUAUUUCCAUGGGAACUGCGGUACCAUGCUUACUUCAUGGAAGAUGUUGAUUCAUGGAUGAUAAUAACUUCAGAAUGGAUAGCUGUAUUGGCUUGCUCAAUGGCCAUUAUAGGUCUAUUCAGUAAUUCAAAGGAUCACAGAAAGUGGAUAUGGUACUCAUGGUCUCUUGCCACUGUGCUUGCAAUUUUCUGGGUAUAUUAUAUGCUGAGAAUGCCAAAAUUUCGUUGGGAUGUUAUCUGGCUUCCUCUUGGGCCCUUAUGUGGAGCUGGGUUAUCACUCUAUGUUGACCGUGUCCUCUCCGAGUCAUCAGAAGAAGUAAGAAAACUCAGAAGCUAUAUGUAUGCUUUCAAAGCCGGCUAGCAUCAGACCCCACUACUAGAUUGUUUAGCAGGAUCGAGUCAAGGUGGUCAAAGAAAGUACGUCUGCUGCUGCAGUUUGGAAGCUGAGAACUUAUCCCCACUUAUUUGCUGUCUAUAUUACAAAGAGAACUGCAUGUUCACCUGUUAUUCUCUCUGGGACAGACUGGAAUGAAAACCAGAGUUGGGGAUUCUUGUUCUUUUCUUUCCUCUCGUUUUUGCAUAAUUUUGGAGAGUUUAAUAGUUUAAAGUUUAUGACGGUCUGAAAACUUUUUCCCACUAGAUAUGUAAGUUUGUUAUUUUAACCUGAAAGUAGUAGUAUCUUUGAUUGCACUCGAUGUACUAGUUUCUGUGAUUGAGAUGUUUUUGAAGAAUUUGGUA